AUGUCGACUCAAGCCGGAUGGGAUUCCGUGACGGGGAUCGCCACCAAGCUGCUUAAUGGUAGCCCCUUGGCCAUUUUUAUUGCGGUCAUUAUCACCUUUGGUAUUCCGGUGCUCCUGCACGUCGUCUUUUACCGCGCUGCAGCGUCGCCGUCAUCAUGCAACUUCCUUCUCCUAGGCCCAAGCGGAGCCGGCAAAACAGCUUUUACAGCUCUGCUGGAAAGCAAGUCCUCGCUGGCGUCAAAGAAGGCCCAUCUUACGCACACUUCUCAGGCAUCGACGCUGGUCUCCGUCACUUUGCCGCCUACUGUCCCCACCGCAUCGAACCGGUAUCGCUCUGUGAACGACCCUUCGUUGAAAGAGGCCGCGCGGAAUCCGAUUAGGUACUGCCUGAAGGAUACUCCCGGCCACGGCAAGCUACGCAACUCUCAGGGCAUCGCGGAGCUUCAAUCCAUGUCCUCGUCCAAGGAUGUGAAAUCCAAGAUCCGGGGAUUGCUGUUCAUGGUUGAUACUGCAGCUUUGGUGGAUGAAGCCAACCUCCGGGACGCCGCGACGUACCUCCAUGACGUUUUGUUGGUUCUUCAGAAGCGGUCAAUGGGCAAGGGCAAGUCUUCUACCAAGCGAGAGGCCGAGAUCCCCGUCCUUGUUGCUGCAAACAAGCAGGAUCUGUUCACAUCUCUGCCUCCUGGCUCCGUGCGGGAGAAGCUUGAAGCCGAAAUUGAUCGAAUUCGCAAGUCCAAGACCAAGGGUCUGAUGGAUGCUAGCAUGGACACCGGACUGGAGACUGAAGAAGAUGUGCUGGGGGAUGACGAUGUCCAGGGUAUCUUCACCUUCAAGUUGCUUGAACAAGUGGGAAUUAAGGUUGAUGUCGUGGGUGGUGCCGUCAAUGGCGAUCCGCAGGAGGAAUACGGAUCCGGCGUGCGUCGCUGGGAGGAAUGGAUUGGUAUGUGUUUGUGA